AUGGGCAUAUCCCGACACCAAAUCCAACUUAGUAUAUAUAGCUCUUACUAUAUUACCGCGGAAGUAAAGGAUCUUGUGGAUGAUUCAGUUCACUUUGUCCAGAGCUCAGUCGCAAAAUCUUAUACCAUGAACGGAGAGCAUUUAAGAGUCUACACUGCCAUCUGCAGACUAAAACCCGAGAAACCAGGUGAAGAAGGCGACAUGGCUCACUUGAGAGAGGAAGCUGUAGAUGAGCAUUACAAAGGGUCCUAUGCCCAACUUUUUGUUCAGGAGCAGGACAUAUGUGAAAAUGAUUGGCUUCGUCUGUAUACUGAUUUCGCACUUUACUGCUACUGGCAGUACCAUGAGGACACAUUCAAGUCUUGCUUGCCUGCGGAGAUAACCAAAGUACUUGUGGAAACCUUUGAAACUCAUACAGACCCGUCUCUGAAGCUCAAGUCUAGUAAUGUUAUCUUCCACAUCAACUUCACCGCCAAGAGCUGUGACUACAUAUCGGUUGUCAGGAGGACAAGGGAUGGCCACUCAGGGCAUAUAAUACUCCAAAUUAGUACUUGGACGGUCCAAGGUGGACCAACCCAGCAAGCUCCCCGUUAUCCGGAACCGGCGACCAUACUUUUUUCUUGUUAG